UUACGAACUUUGGAGAAUUCUCAAAGACAUGUCGUGAAGUGUAAGAGUGGUGGAAGUUCUAGAACGAUGGCUUAGUGGCUUGCAGGCCUGGCGUUCGGAUAGCUUGGAAAUCCCGCGGCAUUGGGGCUUCUCCGGAUCACCGAACCUAACGGCACGAUGGUGUGCGUGAACGCGGGGAUCAUCUGUGUUGCACCGCAGACCAGUAGGUUCGCAGAGUGAUGUGCUGUUUGGUUGACCGCCUCAAACCAUGGAUGCCAUGUAUUGAUCCGACAACGUUGAGAAGUGACGCAUGUGGACCCUGAAGAAGCAAGCCUUCAGGAUAAGCAGAUUCCUGGCUGGCGAGCUUUCGAGUGCUUGUCACAACCUCCAAUACGCGCCCGAGGCUGACAACAGACCACGUGGGCCACGACGCAUUCACAGACGCUGCAACAGGCCCGACCAAGCACGUCUCGACGUGGCUUUUAAACGCCAUUCGGGCAUCGCGACGGAGCCGAGUAUCCCAAAGGCUCGCACUGAUGCUGAACAAAAUCAUCAUCAUUCGAUGAUGAGGCCAAGCGAAGGGCAAAAAUACUUGGAAAAUGUAAUUUGGAGUGUUUCCACAAAAUCUCGUGAAGGCGUCGUGGUUUCAUCCUUGUGCCCAGGUUUCAGCCGUCCUGCUCGCGCGUUGGCACGGCCGAUCUUGCCCUCUAGCAGAAAGCCGGCAAGGAUGCCGCUCCCCAUCCUUGAGGUGAUCAGGCUUCGCAUCAUGGAUACGGCUGCAGGUCCCACAUGGCUUUUGGAUCAACAAUGCUGGGCACCUGCCAACCGCUUUCACAUCGUAGAUCUGAUCUCAUUGCUGUUGUCAAUCACCAUCUGCCGUGCCCGUUCAGCACCAGUCGUCAUUUUGCGUCUCCCCCUGUCGCCGUCCUUGAUCCUCGAAUGGGAAUCCGCGGACCCCAGGAGUUCAACGAGGCACAGCAAUGGAAUAGGUUCGGUGUAAUUGUACCGUCAGCGCGCGCUACUGCCUGUCGGUCAAUCACCCUGGUCGGUACCACCCACUUGUCGGAGGCCUGGGGUCAUCCCGUCGCAGAGUCGCUCACGCCCUCAUGCAGUCAAAUGGUCUGGAUCUUUGCAAAACCCUGGUUCGAUGCUGCAGUGCGGCGGUGCAGAUAGGUCCAUUGCAGCGAUAACUAGAAGCAACAACAAAUCACUCAGGCACUCUUAUACCCGCGGGCCCGCUCUUUUAUGACGUGGAUCCUCGUUGCUGUACUACCAUCGACUCAGCCCGCGAGCUUAC